CUUCCCUCCGCCAUGCUGAGCGCGGGCGGCGCGGGGCUGGCCUGGUGCCUGCGAGUCAGGACACAGUCGUGGCUGUGGGGUUCGCGGGGCCGCUACCUGGCCCUGGCGCGCCCAGUUUGCGCGCCCCACACUGGGGACCGCCAUCCUUCCGUGGGGCGGGGGAUGCGCUGGCGUCAGCUCAGCUUGUCGGCCGCGGCAGUCGUGAACUCGGCUCCCCGCCCCCUGCAGCCCUACCUGCGCCUUAUGAGGUUGGACAAGCCCAUUGGAACCUGGCUGCUGUAUUUGCCAUGUACCUGGAGCAUUGGUUUGGCAGCUGAACCGGGUUGUUUUCCAGAUUGGUACAUGUUAUCCCUCUUUGGCACUGGAGCUGUUCUGAUGCGUGGAGCAGGCUGUACUAUUAAUGACAUGUGGGACCGGGACUACGAUAAAAAGGUUACAAGAACAGCAAGUCGCCCGAUAGCUGCUGGAGACAUUUCAAUUUUUCAGUCCUUCGUUUUUCUCGGAGUACAGCUGACCCUGGCACUGGGUAUUCUUCUAUGUCUGAAUUACUACAGCAUAGCUCUUGGCGCAUCAUCCCUGCUCCUUGUCGCCACCUACCCACUAAUGAAAAGAAUUACCUACUGGCCUCAAUUAGUCUUGGGGUUCACUUUUAAUUGGGGAGCAUUACUUGGAUGGUCUGCUGUCAAGGGCUCCUGUGAUCCAUCAGUUUGCCUUCCUCUUUAUUUUUCUGGAAUUAUGUGGACUCUAAUAUAUGAUACCAUCUAUGCCUAUCAGGACACGAGCGAUGAUGCUCUAAUUGGUGUUAAGUCCACGGCAUUGAGGUUUCGUGAAAACACCAAGCAGUGGCUUAGUGGCUUCAGUGUAGCAAUGCUGGGGGCGCUGAGCCUGGUGGGAGUGACCGCUGGUCAGACUGCGCCCUACUACACUGCUCUGGCUGCUGUUGGAGCCCACCUGACUCACCAGAUCUACACUCUAGACAUCCACAGACCUGAGGAUUGUUGGAAUAAAUUUACCUCCAACCGAACAGUAGGGCUAAUACUUUUUUUAGGGAUUGUCUUUGGGAACUUGUGGAAAGAAGAGAAGACAGAUGAAACAAAGAAAAAUAAAGAUGGUAGAAUAGAAAAUAACAAAUGAAGUUUAUCUAGGAGUUUUUAAGUCAAACUUUUACAAAACAUUCUCAGGUCUGGUUAUAACAAUUAGAUUUGAAUAAGAGCGUUACACUAUGGUAAAGAAUUAUGAAUCAGAAGAUGAUGACUUCAAGCUUAUUUGCCUGAGUUUUAGUUCAAGUGUUUACCAGCAAAAUUCUUCCGCUGUCACACAGACCUGGUACCCUUCAGGAUUUGAGAUGACCUCGAGUGUUUAGGUUGAUAUGUUCUUCUGCUCUUUGUAAUUCUGAUUUGUAGUUAUGGGAAUUGUAUGAGUUUUGGCACUUUAAAAGAAACCUGACAUAUAUUUCAUCUAAAUGAAUGUCUGUAGAAAAAUAAACUGUAUUUUUAGGGAAAAAUAAAAGCUGCCACAGAAAGUGUGA